UUGUCGGGCAAAAUUCAUCAUUACAUAAUUUAUAAGAUCAAUUCAUCUCAGAAGCGUAGCAAACCGAUCUUCUUCCUUUUAUUGAGAGAUCAGCGUAAAGUGUGGGAAAUUGAUCUUUACGGCAUGGUACUAAUUAGGCCUUGGAAUGGAGGGAAAAUUAUCUCCUACGCCACAAUAUUUAUUUUCCUUCUUUUCUGUGUCUUGUUUAAUAGAGCAGACUCAAAACCUACUAUGUUAAAUGUGGUAAAAGAGCAGUUCACAUUUGUUGAAGCUACUCGACCAUUUAACAUGUGUCAUGCUUCUACAAUUGUUGAGGUUGAAAAAGGGGAAUUUCUGGUAGCUUACUUUGGAGGCUCCGGAGAGGGUGCACCGGAUAUUAAAAUUUAUACACAAAGAUACAAGCAUGGUGCUUGGAGCUCUCCUAUUGUUGUCGAACACGAACCUGAAGCAUCGUUGUGGAGUCCUGUCCUGGUUAAAGCAUAUGAUCAGUUGCUUCUAUUUUUCAAAGUCGGUCCAAGCUUCCAAACUUGGACAGGAGCUAUGAGGCGCUCAAUUGAUGGAGGUAACACUUGGUCCGCGAGAGAACAACUACCUGCUGGUAUAAUCGGACCUGUUAAAGACAAGCCACUUUUGCUGAAAAAUGGAGAAUUGAUAUGUGGAUCCUCGGUGCAAAGUUGGAAUGCUGGGGCUUCUUGGGUGGAGGUAACUCCAGAUUUAGGAAGAACCUGGAAAAAAUAUGGACCGAUAGAGGUCCCAAAUCAUAAUAUGAGUGUGCUUCAACCAGUGCCUUACCUUACGAAGAAAGGCCAUAUACGACUUCUAAUGAAGUCUCACCCUAGCAUUGGGAGAAUUUGCAUGGCUGAAUCUAGGGAUGGUGGUCGUACUUGGAGCGACGCAGUGCCUACUCAACUCCCAGAUCCUAAUGCAGCGGUCGAUGCAAUCAAGCUACGUGAUGGUCGUCUUGUGAUCGUUUAUAACACAGCUUCUAGGGAAAUUCUCAAGCUUGCCAUCUCCUUUGACGAUGGCGACUCAUGGUUUGAAGAUUUGACGCUUGAGGAUACUCAAGGAAUGGAAUUCUCUUACCCAGCCAUUAUUCAAGCUAGUGAUGGGCUUAUUCACAUCACUUAUACUCACAAGCGGACACAAAUUAAGCAUGUUGUUGUUCAGACUUAAUGCCUUUAUGCUCACCAUCCUGCUCCUAUACGCAACUGAUCAUGUGCAGCCCAAGUGAUCACGAAGCCUACAAAACUUUUAACAAUUAGCUCCAAAUUCUUCAAAGGCAUGUUCCAUUGACUGAAAUAUUGGUUCUUGUGUACACUUUUGCUUGUAACACUUUCCUAUUAUGAAAAACUCAAAUAACUUGUAACACUACUAUUUUUAGCAUUGAGUUUUCUCUAUCUUUCUCUUACUGAAAAGGUCUUAUUUUUUGUUUUUCUAUAUCUCUAUUUUCUCCUUGUUCUCGUACUUCUCCCUUUGGUGCAAGUAAAUGUAAAAAGAUGAAAUAUAAUUUGGCCUAUUGUCAUUUUUU